CUCCUCCAACGCCAUUCCCCACCACCACCUGUCGACGGCGUACGACUACUAUCUCGGUGCUUUGUUGCUAGCUUCUUCCAGCUAGCCAUGGGUGUGAAGUGGAAAGGUGGUGGCGCGCUCCUCCUGCUCGCCGCCGGGCUGCUCCUGGUGGCCGUGGCGGCGGCGGCGGCGGAGGAGGAGGGUCGGCGGGACCCGAAGGAGGAGCUCCGGUGGUGCAAGAAGCAGUGCCGGUGGGAGGCCGGGCAGGACCAGCGGCAGCUGAGGGAGUGCGAGGAGCAGUGUCUCCAGCGGCAGCAGGAGGACGACGACGACGACGAGAACACGCACGGCGGCGGCGGCAAGGAGUGCCGCCGCGAGUGCCGUGGCUACCGCGACGAGCCGUGGCGGAAGCAGGAGUGCAUGAGGCAGUGCGAGUGGCGCCGCCACGAGCAGCACCACCACGGCGGCGGCCAUGGCGGAUCCAGGCCGGACUGCCGUGAGCAGUGCGAGCACCAGCAGGACUGGUGGGAGAAGCAGCGCUGCCUCAUGGACUGCCGCCACCGGCGACAGGAGGUCGACGCCGACGACGACAACCACCAUGGCAGAGACCCCUGCUACAAGCAGUGCCGCCACCACCACGACCAGUGGAAGAAGCAACAAUGCAUGGAGGAGUGCAGAUACCACCAGCGCCAACAAGACGCCGCCGUCGACGUCGACGAGGAAGACGACAACCACGGCGGCGAUCGCUGCCGCAAGCAGUGCCAGCACCACCAUGACCAGUGGAAGAAGCAGCAGUGCAUCCAAGAUUGCAGGUACCAUCACCGCCAAGAAGACGACGUCGUCGAGGAAGAAGACGGCCAUGGCGAUCAGCAAUGCCGCAAGCAGUGCCAACACCACCAUGACCAAUGGAAGAAGCAACAAUGCAUGCAAGACUGCAGGCAGUGGCGGCGCCAGGAGGAGGAAGAGGCCGCCGUCGACGAGGAAGAAGACCACAACUACGGCGGCGAGAGAGAGCAACACUGCCGCAAGCGAUGCCAGCACCACCACGACCAAUGGAAGAGGCAGCAAUGCAUGCAGGACUGCAGGUACAGGCGCCAGGAGGAAGACGACGUCGUCGACGAUGACAACCACCACGGCGGCGGCGGCGGCCAUGGCGGCGACCACUGCCGGAGGCAAUGCCAGCACCACCGCGAGUGGCACGAGAGGCAGCGGUGCAUGCGAGACUGCCACGAGCGCCGCCAUGGAUGGGCCACGGUGGCCGCCGAAGCCAUCCUCCAGGCAGUGUAAUUAAAGGUAACGUAAUUAAGAUACUGCUUCGCCGGGUGUAGGGUAUAGCUAGCUAGGGUUUCCAUGGUCGAUCGACCUAGAGCUAGUGCUGUGCUGCUCGCGCGCGUGCACACACGAAUGUGUACGCGAGGGAGGGGAGAGGAAUAAAUUGAGCAGGAGAUAGAUGGCCAUGGCUCUCUCCGAUAGGAGAGCUUCUAUAUAUCUGGGGGAGACUUGGAAGCUAUAUAUACUAGCUAGUGUCUACUAUGUCUAUGUAUCCGGUUGUUGCAGUACACUUGUGCUUGGAAGAGGUGUAUGUAUGAGAUAAAUAAAGUGGCGUUCGCGAAAAAGAAGAGAUAAAUAAAGUGAGAGCCCUUUGAGUAA